UCUUUUGGGUAAAUCGCAGUCAAUAAUCGCUAAAAAAACACUGCGGCAUUAUAUUUCUCAAACUGAGUAUUAAGUGAAAAGAAUAAGUGGUGGGAGAUAAUCAAGUCCUCAAUUAAAAUGGAUGAUCGCACAAUCGAUACUAUUUUUGCUGGUUCUCUAGAAAAUCUACCUCCAGUGAGUUCCAAAAUUGUGAGAAUCUUCACUAGUUCAACAUUUACCGACACUACCAUGGAAAGAAAUAAUCUAAUGGCGAAAUGUUACCCGAGAAUAAAAGAUUAUUGUCGAGAAAAACACGGUUUGGAAUUCCAGGUUGUCGACAUGAGAUGGGGUGUUCGAGACGAAGCCACUGAUGAUCACAUGACGACCGAACUUUGCAUGCGGGAAAUUAAAAACUGUCAACGCCUCUCUAUGGGUCCGAACUUCGUCGUCUUUCUAGGUCAAAAAUACGGCUAUCGUCCGAUUCCUACAUACAUCUUGUCGUCGGAACUACAAUUAAUUCGUGACGAUCUUGCCUCCAUGGGAAUCGAUGUCACCUUAUUAGACAUGUGGUACAAAAAAGAUAGCAAUGCCGUGCCGCCAAUUUCAAUACUACAACCGAUAUCGUCAAUUCUAACCAAUUUCAUCAAUAAGCGCGUACCGAAGUUACAAGCAGAAGAUCAAGCGGUAUGGUGGGAUACUUUAACGAAAAUGCAAAAGCUAUUCCGCAAAGGUGCAGCUUCUCUCUAUGCACAGGGGAAGUUGGAUAAAGAUCAAACACAUAACUAUUUUAUGUCCGUGACGGAAAGGGAAGUCAUUAACGGUCUGUUAAGUGUAAAGAAUACCAAGAAUCAUUGUAUUGCCUAUCUCCGAUACAUUAACAAUAUCAAUCUACAAAACCUUAAGAAGGCAUCCCUUUAUGUUGAUAUUCUGAACAGAAGUUUAGACACGGAAGCAUGCAAGCUUCUGGCUGAUCUACGAGAUGUUCGUGUACCGAAUAGGAUCGAAGCAUCCAAUCUACAAAAGUAUACAAUUGAGUGGAUCGGUCGAGAAGGCUUGGACGUGGAAACUCACGAGGAAUAUCUAAACCACUUCAUAACUCAUUUUUACAAAAAUAUUGUCAAGCUUGUAGACCGCGCUAUGCGCAAGGAAGAUUCCAGUGCACAAGGACAGAUAGUAACAGAGAUUUUACAGCAUCUACACGCAUGCAAUAAUUCAGUUAAAGUCUUUUACGGCCGCGAGGAUCAACUAAAGCGUAUUGAACAAUAUAUGCUAGGACCUAGUGACAAACCGCUGGUUUUGUUUGGAGAAGGUGGUUGCGGGAAGACGUCACUGCUAUCGAAAAGUGCCGCUCUAACAUUUACCGAAUGGUUCGCGAAAGUUAGACCUAUUUGUAUCAUACGAUUCCUUGGAACAACACCUGAUUCUAGUGCACUGACUCCUACUUUGAUAUCAAUUUGUCAACAGAUAUCCUAUAACUUUAUGUUACCAUUUGACCAAAUUCCUGACGAUCUAGUACCACUCACAGCCCAUUUUAAACAACUUUUGACAUAUGCCAGUAAGCAGCAACCCCUGCUGCUUUUCCUUGAUUCAGUUGAUCAGCUUACGGGAACACAAGACUCAAGCAAAGUUUCGUGGUUACCAACAAGAUUACCACCGCUAUGCAAGAUUAUCGUGUCAUGUGCGGCUGAGGAAUCCAAUCCAGUUGUUUCUCAAGAAUACCACUUGUUGCGCCGCAUGAUUGAUAUCGAAGAAAACUUCAUUGAAGUGACCGCUUUAGGGGAAGAUCUGGCUAUGAACGUAAUUAAAAUGUGGAUGGCUACAGCAUGUCGUGAUCUUUCAAACUAUCAGUGGCGAUUGGUAGCGAACGCAAUAGGAAAAUGUUCUCUUCCGAUUUUCGUGAAAUUAGUUUUUGCCGAAAUCUGUAGAUGGAGAAGCUACACUCGACCACAAGAUACUCAUCUUGCCUCCACAGUAAUGGACAGUAUAAUGAUGCUCUUUGAACGGAUCGAAAUACAACAUGGACGGAUUCUAGUAUUUCAUGCUCUAGCCUACAUAACUGCUGCUAAAUCGGGUUUAUCGGAGAGCGAGUUGGAAGAUUUAAUAUCGCUUGAUGAUCGAGUCCUAGAUGAUGUCUAUCAAUAUCAUCUUCCACCCGUACGCCGAAUUCCCCCACUUCUUUGGACACGUAUUCGGAACGAUCUUCCCAACUAUCUUAGUGAACGUGAGGCAGACGGAGUGAACGUUAUGAACUGGUAUCACAGGCAGUUUAGAGAUGCAGCUAAAGAGCGCUAUUUUAAAAACAUGAACAUGGCAAUUUACUUUCACUCGAUGAUAGCCGAUUACUAUCUUGGUAUAUGGGGUGGAAGGCCUAAACCGUUCAAAUAUACGGAAAUCCAGCGACAUCGUUUCGGUUUAACCGAUAAAGAAGGUAUUGCAGACAGAAAAGUUCCGAUUCAACCAUUAGUUUUUACUAAUAAGGAAGGAAAGGUUACAAGAUACAAUUUGAGAAAGUUUGGUGAGCUACCGUUCCACUUGGUCAGGUCACGACGAUUUACAGAUUUAUAUGAGAAUGUUUUAUUCAGCUAUGACUGGUUGCAUGCCAAACUUUCUAGUUGCCCUCUGCAAGCUGUACUUGCAGAUUUCGAAGACGCUUCAAUUAACAUCGAUGAUAAAGAUGCCAAGCGAGAACUAAUGCUAGUAGCUGAUGCUUUACGUUUGGGUGGCGCCAUACUCGGUGUUUACCCCAACAUGCUGGCGGCCCAAUUGGUCGGUCGUCUGCUACCGGAAAUUGGUGGAAAUCCUAAUAUAAAGAUGUUACUAGAAGCGUGCGAUAAAUCGGGCCCAAAAGAUUCUGCUUUGAUUCCACUGAACCAUUGUCUUCACACACCGGGCGGUCCACUAAAGUACUCGCUCGAAGGGCAUCAGUUUGCUGUGUUUGGAUUCUGUCUUACUAGUGAUUAUCGCUAUAUGGUUUCAAUCUCGACUCGAUUUAUCACUUGGGAUUUGUCCACUUCCGACCUAACACGUGAUGUAAAUCCUGGAGUAGAAGGAAUCAUGCAGCAAUUGCUUCUUAGUCCGGAUAAUAAAUGGGCAGCGGCAUACACUAACAAUAGUCAAAGCGUACUUUUGAAUAUGCUGUCCGCUGAAUUGGCUAUUAUAAAUAAUCCAUUUGACGAAAAUGAACCAAUCACCGGGCUGUAUUUGUUGAACAAAAAUCUUUUUUUACACACGAAACUUCGUUAUGCCUACUAUGACAUGCGGGGUACAUUGAUUGAAAAAUUCCACCUCGAUAGUGUUAAUGACGAUUGGGAGCUUUUGUUUAUGGAAUUUACCGAAUUCACAGAUUUCUUCGCUAUUCUGUGGUCCGGUGUUAUUAGCGACACAAGAUUGAUGUUAUACACUAGCAAAGAUGGCUACAGCAUUCCAUCGGUUAACAUGCACAGUGUUAUAACAAUGAAAAAAGAUAGAUCAUACUUUUAUUGUUGUCAUCAAGAAAACUUAUACCAAGUAAGUGAAUUCCAAUACUAUGAAGACAGUCAAAACAAAACAGCAGAAUGGAGGCACGUCAGAGAUCUACCUCGUUAUGAAAAUGAUGAAAAGGAAAUGGCUCUCCAGUUGAAGAUGGAUCAAAAUGAUCGAUUUCUGUUGGCCAGUACAGCUAAUGGAUUCGUAGUAUGGGACUUUUCUACUGAAGAUAUAAUUUCAGAAGAAGCCAUUUAUCUUGCAUUGCCUCAUGGAGUUAGAAACAUUUCUACUAAGAUAACUCAAUCAAAUUCAGUUAUGAUCAGUUCAAAAAUCGAUUACGCUGUUGCAGGCGUGAGAAAAAAUUUGUACGUGUGGUGUAUCAGAACAAAACAAUUGAUGAAAGUAUUAGAUGCGCACUUUGGACGAAUAAUGCAACUAGAAGCACUUACUAUUGGAAACUGGAACAGUGUGAUCACUUCCAGUAUUGAUCGCUCCGUUAAAAUAUGGAAUAUCAAUAAUAUCUUUGAACAGGUACACGUUAUAGAUCGACACGAACUUCAAAUUGAUAGUAUUAGCCUAUCCGAAAAUGGUGAAUUAGCCGUCACUGUGACACGUGGUUGCGUUGGGGUUUGGGAAAUACGGACCGGAAGACUCCUAUCCAAACUUGCAGACAGCCCUCUCGGGGCCAUUGUAACACAUGCAGAAAUUACACCAGAUGGACGCUAUAUUAUCUCAUCAGAAACCGGAAAGAUUCUUAUUUGGAAUCGGGUGACAGAACAAGUCCUCUCAAGAGACUCCCAACCGGGAAUACAACAGCUAAACUUUUUAGAAAAUGGAGACAAAUUUUUAUCAGUUUCUUGUAUAAAUACGACGAACACAUCUACCUCAUCACCAAGUGGAGAUGAGCAAAAAAUGAUGGCGUUGGCAAUUGUUCGUAGUAUUCCUGAUGGUCAGACAAUUUUCAAUUUUGAUUACCCAAUACGAGUGGUACCUGGACUACCAUUUCGAUGUGCUGUUAUUACAGCCGAUGGUCAGCAUAUAGUCUGCGCCGCCGUGGAUAAAAACAACAAAGAUUCAUUGUGGGUAUACAACGUAGCCAACGGAACUCACGAACAUAAAAUUUCUUUGAAAAGUUGUAAUAUUAAAGAAGUUGCUUCUUUGUUACCUUUUCCUCAUAAGUCGUCACAAGUAACAGUUAUUACCAAUGAGAAAGGAAGUAUUAUUGAUAUAAAAACAAGAAAACAUGUGCGUUCUAUACCUAAAUGGGGAGGAACUAGUACAAAGGAUGGGAAGUUUGGUCUCUAUGCUCCAUCACGUGGAGGACUGGAGCUACUAGAACUUAAGAAAGGAUCUACUGUAAAGACGUUUAUUCCAAAAGUAGCAGAAGGCGUUUUCACUGUCAUCUGCAUGUUCACAGAUACGGACGAGUACGUUUUGUACUAUCACAGUGGUCGUAAAACGCUACGAGUUUUUCGCACUAAUGAUACUGAAAUGAUUGCAAAUUACCGGAUGCAGGCUGAGUUGACCGCCAUUAAAAGUACAUCGGAUGGAAAAAGCCUAGUUCUGGGAACUGUUGAUGGUUGCAUUUCCGUGCUGGCCAUAGCCGACCAGCAAAAGUCAGAAAUGCAAGACUUUCUCAAGCAAUUACCUUCGAGAGAUGCUAAUUGGAAGAAAAAAUUAGCCAAACAAAAGGCAUCUGCUAGAUUCAAAGCAGCGAUGAGAUUGGCUUCGAUAUCAACACGGUUUGGAACUCCUGUCGAUGAAGAAGAAGAUGACGACGAUAAAAAUCACGAUGUUUAAAUUCAAGAUACCUUUAGCACAUAAUCAUGAACAAUAUUGUUAUUGAAUUUUUGGUAGAAUAUUUGCAAUAAUACUGUUAGGGAUUUUCUUUCGUUUCAUAUCUACUAUUGUCAUGUACACACAACGAACAUUGCUAUAAGUCGCACCCGAUGCUAUCCAAACUAUGAAAAUUAGAUGUUACUGAAUGACAAUAUUUAAACAUCGCACACUCUUUUUAAUUUAUCGAGAUCGGACUGCUAUCCGUUUCUUGGCUCUAGUUACGCAGAAUAAACAAACAUGUAUAUGUAAACACCUAGAUUUGGUAUCUGCAUAAAAUAUAUAUAAAACAAUA